ACCAGGAUACGUGGCAUUUAAUGAUAAGUCUUUCGCGUUAAUUCCUGACCCACAUGUUAUCAUACCACACCUAGGAAAAUUGAACUUUUCUCUCCACGCGUUUGGUUUUCGAGAAAGUAACCCAGCUCGGGAAAAUUUUCUCUAAUUUUCUUUUUUCUUGAGGAAAAAACCCUAACCUUGUUCCGAUUCCCCAAAUGAAACCUCACAGUUUACUUCGCUCAUCGUCUUAGCGGUUAAGAUCCCUCCUCCGGCGAUCCUCCGGUGGCCGAUCUAAAAGCCGAGAGAUCGUUACUUCCCUUAUCUGUCUCAUUUCGUCCCAGUCUAUGGACCACUAUGACUUGCAAGCACAGAGAAGGGAGAUGAAGCAUAAAGGAAGAAAUGUUGUUUGGUCUAUUGCUAUGGACAAGUGUCUUAUUGAAGCUCUUGCUAUUCAGGCUAGAAAUGGAAAUAAAAUAGACAAAUGUUUUAACGAGAAUGCAUACACUGCUGCUUGUAUUGCUGUGAACUCCCGCUUUAAUCUAAACUUGAACAAUCAAAAAGUUGUUAAUCGUCUCAAGACAAUUAAGAAAAGAUACAAAGUAAUAAGGGAUAUGCUAAGUCAAGAUGGUUUCAGGUGGAAUCCCAGUACAAAGAUGAUUGAAUGUGACAGUGAUGAUCUUUGGAAGAGAUACAUUUCCGCACAUCCUGAUGCAAAGGGCAUUAGGGGUAAGCAGAUUGAGAUGUAUGAUGAACUUAAAGUUGUUUGUGGAAAUUACCAAGCUCCUAGUCAUUGGGCUAAGAUGAAGGAUGGAGGUCGUUUGACAAAGAGUUUAGAUGAUGAUUCUCCUUCAUUCCAAUCACCAAGUUCAGAAGAUGCAAGUGAGACUGAUGGAACAGAAUCUUAUACUGGGACACCAGAUUGUGCACCAGAUGGUAGUCAAGAACCUCCUCUGAUUCAGCCUGUCAGACAAAUUCCCAAACGGGUCCGGGGAUCAGAAGCUCUUCAAGAUGCAAUGUUGGCAGUGGCAUCAAGCAUUCGGCGUUUGGCUGAUGCAAUGGAGCAAAACAAAACUACUUUUGAUGCCCCAGAACUAUUACAAGCUGUGAUGGAAGUCGAUGGCUUAGAAGAGGCUAAACAAAUGUAUGCUUUCGAAUAUCUGAAUGCCGACCCCAUUAAAGCCAGAGCCUUUCUGACAUACAAUGCUCGAAUGAGGAAGAUUUAUUUGCUUCGACAGUUUUGGUGGUGGAAAUGACAGUUUCAUGUAUAGUUUGGAAAAUUGUGAAAAGCAAGUUCCAUGUAUGUUUGCACAUUGAACCUUAAUUGAUGUUUGGAGGUGAAUGUACAGAUACGAGAUACAUGAUUUCAGAAUGAAAAUUUAGAGCUAGAAGCUGGUAUUGUAGAGAAAUUGACCAGCUUCUUCGCUUUAUUUUUA